UGAGAUGGGAUUCAACGUCACCUAUGGCCCGAUCCCUCUGGAUUAUAUUGUCUCCAGCAUUUCCAUCGAUGGCAACGUCAGCUAUUCGCUCACAGACAUCGCAGAGCAGGGUGCCAAUGUUGCCAUUAUAAAAGAUGUUCACUUCCAGUAUGUCAGUGUCUUUGCCAAGUACGGCACUCCAGUGGUGCCACGCAAGUACAUUGGAGGGACCAGCUCUCAGUACUCGACCACUCCUGCAUUUCAAUUUCUCAAUUCCGAGAGGACAGAGGAGACUGUGAAAGAAACGAAGACUCAUACCUACAACCGCUCGGAUGUUGUGUUUCCUGUUCUGCAUGGGAGCUGUGGUGACAAGCGGAUUUGCUUCAAUGUGAGCAAAGGGAACGCGGAGGAGUUCUGGAGUUUCUAUGUGUGGGAGUUCCCUCUCAUUGGCACACAGAGGGGCUACUUCUACAGAGACCAUGGCCCCUACUUCUGGCUCUGUGUGGGCAUCCAGUCCCCUGACAUCCUGCACCGGAGUGUUACUGAAGAUUCCAGGGUGAUGGCGCUGGGAGUUUCUUUUCGUGACUCCGUGACGGGGAAGGCUGUUGUGGAGGCAGAGCAGCUCUGCACCUUCCUCACCGGGGGAGAGCUGGUUUGCACAGCGACGGGUGAAAUGAAGGCGCACGCUCUCCGGAUCGCUGCGUCUCCAGCAGUGGAUCUGCACAGCCUGUCUCUCAGGGACCCUCGCUGCGGACCCUCCGAGGUCACGGACAACCUGACCUCCUUUGAGUUCGCAGUCAAUACCUGCGGGACCACCAAGGAGGUUCUUGGGGAUUAUGUUGUCUAUGAGAACGAAAUUUCAAAUAAAGUAACGGUGAAUGACAAUAUCACCAGACCCACUCUGUAUAAGGUGACUCUGCUGUGCCAGUAUCUGCGGACAGACCAGCGGUCUCUGGAGCUGAUCAAUAAACACGCUCUCAGCCCCCCUAAACCAGCCCUGGGACAGGGGCAGCUCACGCUCUCCCUGGAUAUUAUGAGAGACCCUGGCUACACUACGCCAUACCCCAAAGAGGAGUUCCCCAUCACCAAGCUCCUGCGGGACCCCCUGUUUGUGGAGGUCUCUGUGCUCAGUGAUGACCCUGGGAUUGAGCUCUUUCUCAAGGACUGCUGGGGGACCCUGGGAGCUGAUCCUUCAAGCACCCUCAUGUGGCCGGUGAUCAAGGACAGCUGUGAGUUUAAAGGAGACAAGUACAACACUGUGUUCCAUCAGGUGAAGCCCACAAGGAGAGUGCAGCUCCCGGGACACUACAAGCGCUUCGAUGUGAAGAUGUUCACCUUCGUAGACAUGCAGUCCAAACAGCUCCUGGACAGGGAGAUCUAUUUCCAUUGUGCUGUGAUCAUUUGUGAUGCCCAAGCAUUGAGUUCUGACCAGGCUUGCUCGGGAGCCUGUAUACCUGGCAAGCAGAGGAGAGGGAGAGGUGCCUGGCCUCGGGGAGUGCAGCACGGUAUAGUGUCCUCUGGGGGAAUCAGUCUGCAGAGUCCUGCUGAUGCAGCCACCAGUCUGUUAGAUCCUGACACCCCUUCCUGGCUCAUCAUAGUGUCGGUGACCGGCCUCCUAGCUUGCUUAGCCUUCAUGGUCUAUGCGUACUGGAGACUUAAAUUGAAAAAAAGAAACUCAAAUAAAGUCUGAGUACUUAACACCAGUGUCUUUAACAAACUGCACUUCAUGGCAUGUCUAAAAAAAUAAACUAGCUUUGUUUUUACAUGUUGAGGUGUGUUUCCCUCCCAAUACAAAAUACUCUACUAAAUACUCUUUGUACAGUAAACCCACAAGUGUACUUAUUUAAAAACUUAGCUUCUACUUCUGAAGGAAAUGGUAUAAUUUCACUAUCUAUUGCCAAAUAUCCUGGCUUUUGUUUAGCUUUAUUUUGGCUUGUGUCUUUUGCUUGAUUGAAAAUAGCUGUGGAGGU